AUGCCUCUUCAACUUUUUGGCAGGGAUCAGAUCGUUGUACAUUAUGAUAACGGCAACAUGAGUAACGAUGACCAGAAUCACCAAAGUGUUCUCGGAUCUUGGACAAGAAGGGCAGCAGCAGCAUUAAGAACGUUAAUGAACAAGCGAAUACAACGUAUAACACUUACGCACUGGUUGCUGUUAGUCAUAUGGGUUACUAGCCUAUGGAAAUUUACCAGUCAUUAUAGACAGCUGUAUGCUAAUUCUGCUGUUUUUGCAACUUUAUGCACGAACAUUCUUUUAUUUGGGAUAUCUGACAUACUAGCACAAAGUAUAGCCUGCUUUUAUUCAUAUCACGUGGACCCUAUACCGCAAAUACUUAACGAUACCUUUCAUCAUGUUCAGAACAACCGUGAUGUAGAAAAUGGAGGAGGUUAUGAAAGUGAUGAGCUAUCUAUCUUCAAUGAUUUUACCUCGGAACAUAGCUCCUACACGGAUAACGACGACUAUCCUGAACUUGAUAGGCCAUUAGCUACUUUCAAAACGGACACAUUUGACUUCUUCAGGUGGGGGUGUUUUAUGUUCUGGGGAUUUUUUAUAUCAUUUUUCCAGGCUCCUUGGUACAAGUUCUUGAAUUUCUUUUACACUGAAGAUCCGACAGUGGUACAGGUUUUUGAAAGGGUUCUUUCGGAUCAGCUCCUUUAUUCGCCAAUCUCUCUCUAUUGUUUCUUUAUGUUCUCAAACUAUGUGAUGGAAGGUGGAGAUAAGGACACCCUUGGCAAGAAAAUCCAAAGGCUAUAUAUAUCUACGCUUGGUUGUAACUAUCUGGUGUGGCCAAUGGUACAAUUCAUUAAUUUCCUUAUAAUGCCUAGAGAUUUCCAAGCACCUUUUAGCUCUUCAGUUGGAGUGGUAUGGAAUUGCUUCCUUUCGAUGAGAAAUGCGUCUAAAUAG